GGUGCGCGCGGUGCCGCGGGUGCCCUCGCGCCCCUCCGGUGCCGCCGCGCGCGCGAUGAACUGGCUGUUCCCGCUGUCCAAGGGCGGUGCCGCCCCCGCCUCCGCCGCGCCGCCCGCGCGCACCGGCCUCCAGCAGCAGCGGCAGCGCCAGGUCGAGUCCCUGCGCGCCGCGCACGCCUCCAUUGCAGAAAUCCAGAAAGAUGUGGAAUAUCGACUGCCAUUCACUGUAAACAACUUGACAAUUAAUAUUAACAUUUUGCUUCCACCUCAAUUUCCUCAGGAAAAACCAGUCAUCAGUGUUUUCCCACCUGUGAGACACCAUUUAAUGGACAAGCAGGGAGUAUAUGUGACUGGUCCAUUAAUAAGUAAUUUUACAAUGCAUUCAGAUCUUGGAAAAAUUAUUCAAAGUUUACUGGAUGAGUUUUGGAAGAAUCCUCCAGUUCUGGCUCCCAGUUCAACAUCGUUUCCAUACCUUUUCAACAAACCAGCUGGAAUGCCUCCUUUUGCUCCUCAGGGGUUUCCAUUUCUCCCUCCAUAUCCACCUCAAGAAACAAACAGAACAAUGGCAGCCAUGCCUGUUUCUGAAUCAGUUUCUUCAAGCUACACCACAGACAAGCCUGCUGCUCCCUCUUAUGGCUUGAUUGCUGAUCUGCCACUGCCUGUUCCAACAGCAGAAGCAGUGCUUCAGGUUGGCCAGAAUGGAUUUACAUACAAGAUGCCUGAUGUUCCUGAUACUUUUCCAGAACUCUCAGAACUAAGUAUAUCACAGCUGACCAGUAUGAAUGAGCAAGAGGAGGUGUUACUGGAACAGUUUGUGACUCUUCCACAGCUGAAGCAAAUAAUUUCUGAUAGAGACGAAUUAGUGAAAAGCAUUGAAGAGCUGGCAAAAAAAAACUUGUUGCUGGAGCCUAGUCUCGAGGCAAAAAGACAGACAGUGUUGGAUAAAUAUGAGCAACUCACGCAAAUGAAAGCAGCCUUUGAAAAAAAGAUGCAAAGACAGCAUGAACUUAGUGAGAGUUGCAGUCCAAGUGCUCUGCAAGCCAGACUUAAAGUAGCUGCUCAUGAAGCUGAAGAGGAGUCUGACAUUAUUGCAGAAGACUUCUUGGAAGGCAAAACAGAGAUAGAUGACUUUCUUAGUAGUUUCAUGGAAAAGAGAACGCUCUGCCACUGCAGACGAGCCAAAGAGGAAAAACUUCAACAGGCAAUAGCAAUGCACAGCCAAUUUCAUGCUCCRCUAUAGACUUCCUGCAAACUACACCUGCCAAGAGAACGAAUGAAAAACCCAAUAAAGCACACUUUUUAAUAACUAUUAUUUGCAAAUAAGCAUUUCAUCUUAUCUGGUUGUAUUUAUAGAAGAGAUUGUAUACAGAGCUGGGAUGGUUUUUGUACAAAUUAGAAUGUCUCUUUAUAUUCUCGUUGUAUUCAAGAAUCCUUCUAUUGCAAUCUUUGCAUUAAUUUCUUGUAUUUAUUGUUGAUAGUUAUAAUAUUUAAGUUCCCUGCUGCUAUACUCCAUUAUUCAGAGAUUAAAUACCUAAACAUGUAAUUUUGACUAGCUUUUUACAUUUUUAUAAAAACAUAAUUCAUAUCUUUUGUAUUUUGAACUUUAACCAUAGAUUUGGCUUAAUCUGUGGAAGACUUUAAGUGUUGAUAGGACUUAAGAAACUAAAAAAGUUCUUAAUGGAGAUUGUCAGUGGAUUCACAAGCUGUCUUGAAGCCAAAAUUAAUUAAAGAAGUUUUUUUACUUCUAAGUAAUAAUAGAAGACUAAGUCUAGCUUGUAUUGUGUUUUGGAUAAGUAGACUGGGGAUUAAGCAAAGGAUGUAUUGAACAAACUACACUGGAAUCAGAAUAAAUGRUCUCUGCGUAGAUUUGGUAUGUUGCUUAGUAGCACUAAUGCACUGAUUUCAAGAGUGGCUUGGUACCUACCACUGUAAUUAAACACAAUUUUCAUCUAACAAU